AUGUUAAAUGCAAAAUGGACAAUACCAAAUUUCACUUUUGAAAUAAAAGUUAAUAAAUUCUUUUUGGUGUUGAUUGCAUUUGAAGCUAAUUCAUUAUUCAAAGUCCCAAAUCAAAGGAUCAAUAAUGAGGAUGAUGAGGAUGG